ACUCAAAUCUGGAAAAGAAAAAUCUUUGUCGGACUCAUUUAUGUAUCUGUUGGAUCUUUGUGUUUCCUCUGUGGCUGCAGCUCUGCACCGACCCUGAUCCUGAUCCUGGUGAACCGGGCCGAGAAGAGCCACAAACACCGAUGGAGAAGUUUUGGAGUUGCUGUCAGUUAUGGGUGAAGUAGUCAGGACGUGGAGAGCUGGAGAGGCGUCCCGACAGAGAAAGUCCAGACUCGGAUCAACAGGGCUGAGAGGAGCGCUCCCUGUCUGCGCGCUGUGAAACUAUGGAUCCUUCAGCAUGAGAGUAAACGCGAUGGUUCUCUAAUGUGCUUCACACACAUGCAGCAGGAUUAACUCCAGUCACACAGGUCUGAUGGUGGAGGAAUAACUCGGUGUCAGAACAGAGAUACAGAUUGGUGUUUGCCGAAGCGCUGAGUGACACCAUGUGGAGCCCGGGGACGUGGAUGUGGAGAGCGGCUCUGUGCUGCAUGCUCCUGGAAACAUGUCUGCAGCCUGCUAGAGGUCUAAACAUGUGUAUGAGCGGCAGCGCUACGUCAUGUGAAGAAUGCCUCCUGAUUCACCCCAGCUGCGCCUGGUGCGCACAAGAGGAGUUCGGGAGGGGGCGGACUCUGACGUCACGCUGCGAUUUUAUUCAAAACCUGCAUAAGAGGGGCUGUGAGGCACAGUUUGUUGAGUACCCCACCAGCAGUCUCUCCAUCCUGAGGAGCAGGCCUCUGAGCUCUAAAGGAUCUGGGUCGUCCCAGUACGACGUGGUCCAGAUCAUGCCUCAGAAGAUCUCCCUCAGCCUGCGGCCAGGAGCCCAGACGUGGUUUGGGCUGCAGGUGCGGCAGGUGGAGGACUACCCAGUGGAUCUCUACUACCUGAUGGACCUCUCUCUUUCCAUGAAAGAUGAUCUGGAAACCAUCCGUAACCUGGGCACCAAGCUGGCCCUGGAGAUGGGCAAGCUCACCAGCAACUUCAGGCUGGGCUUCGGUUCCUUCGUGGACAAAAACAUGUCGCCCUUCUCCUACACAGCACCCAAGUAUCAGGAGAAUCCAUGCAAUGGAUACAAACUGUUCCCCAACUGCGUCCCCACUUUUGGUUUCCGCCACAUCCUCUCACUGACGGACAAAGUGGACCGCUUUAACGAGGAGGUGCAGAAGCAGAUGGUGUCUCGCAACCGGGACGCACCAGAGGGCGGAUUUGACGCCAUCCUGCAGGCUGCUGUUUGUAAGGAGGAGAUCGGUUGGAGAAAGGAGGCCUACCACCUGCUGGUGUUCGCCACAGAUGACGUGCCUCACCUCGCCCUGGACGGCCGGCUGGGAGGCCUCGUCCAGCCCCACGAUGGACGCUGUCACCUCAAUGAAAAGAACGAGUACAGCGCCUCCACACAGAUGGAUUAUCCCUCUCUGGCUCUUCUGGGGGAGAAACUGGCAGAAAAUAACAUCUUCCUCAUCUUCGCUGUGACAAAACGGCUCUACGUUAUUUAUAAGAACUUUACUGCACUCAUACCUGGAACCACCGUGGAGAUCCUGGACCAGGACUCUAAGAAUGUAAUUCAGCUCAUUGUGGCAGCUUAUAAUAACAUCCGCUCUAAAGUGGAGCUGUCAGUGUGGGAUCACCCAGAGGACAUCAGCCUUUCCUUCACCGCCACCUGCCAGGAUGGACAGCCGCUGCCAGGCCUCAGGAAGUGUGCCGACUUGAAGAUAGGAGACACUGUAUCGUUCAAUGUGAGUGUGGAGGCGAGGAGCUGCCCUCCCCGCGGCACCGACCAGAGCUUCACUAUCAAGCCGGUGGGGUUCAAAGACCGUCUGGAGGUGGCUGUGGAUUAUCAGUGUGACUGCGGCUGCAGCCGGAGGGCACAAACCAACAGCAGCAUCUGCAGCUCCAUCGGUACUUAUAACUGUGGGACGUGUCACUGUGAGCCGGGCUACCUGGGCGCCCGCUGUGAGUGCCAGGAGGGCGAGGCCAGCAGCAUGUACCUCAGCGCCUGCCGGGAAGCCGAGGGCAAGCAGAUCUGCAGCGGGCGAGGAGAGUGCAGCUGCAACCAGUGUCUCUGCUACGAGUCGGAGUUCGGCAAGAUUUACGGCAGCUACUGCGAGUGUGACGACUUCUCCUGCGCCCGACACAAAGGCAUCCUCUGCUCAGGUCACGGAGAAUGUCACUGUGGGGAGUGUAAAUGCCAUGCUGGUUACAUCGGAGACAACUGUAACUGCUCUACAGAGACGUCGUCCUGCAUCUCAGACGACGGGCAGAUGUGCAGCGGGCGAGGAAACUGCAUGUGCGGCCGCUGUCAGUGCACCGAGCCAGGAGCCUUUGGAGACACCUGUGAGAAGUGCCCCACCUGCCCCGACGCCUGCGGCACCAAAAGGGAGUGUAUCGAGUGCCGGCUUUUCGACUCAGGACGUCUCGCAGACAACCAGACUUGCCAGCGCCUGUGCAAGGAUGAAAUCAUCACUGUGGAGACCCUCAGAACGGACGAGCCCGGCGCUGUGCUUUGUCUCUAUAAGACAGACAACGACUGUGUCAUGAAGUUCACGUAUUCUGAGCACGCCAGCGGACAAUCCAUCCUCACAGCUCUCAAAGAGCCAGAGUGUGCCGCCGGGCCCGAUGCUCUGAUGGUGCUGCUCGCAGUGGUCGGCAGCAUCCUGCUGGUGGGGGUGGUGCUGCUCGCUGCCUGGAAGUUGGUCAUCACCAUUCAUGACCGGAGAGAGUUUGCACGCUUCCAGAGUGCACGCUCACGAGCCCGAUAUGAGAUGGCCUCCAACCCUCUGUACAAGCAGCCCGUCACCACACACUUUGUCGAAACGGAUUUCAACAUGUACGGGAAGUCCUACAACGGAGGGCUCCACUGAUCCCUCAGCACGGGGCGCGGCAGGACCGGUCCGACAAACAGAUCCCUGGAGGACGGGGCCCAAGGUGGACGGCGGACUGAACACACUCAUCCCUCUGCACGGCUACAACACCAGUGACAUGAACUAGACUGCGUGUGCGAGGGGGGACUCUGUGGCCUUUUCUUUUCUUUUCGCGGGAGAUUCAAGCCUAACCACACAGACGCAGCGUGACUUCUUUUUUCUUCUUCUGUGUGUUUUUCACUGACGGCAGCGGCGGCCGGUGGAGGAGCGACGAAACAUGAACUCCUUGGUGUUGUUUAGACAGAGAGGACGAGAGAGUAGAGUUAGCGGUGAGUUUGUCUGCAGUUACACAAGAGAAACAGACUCAUGGAAACCAUCACUCCAACCACAUAAACCCAGCAGGCAGGCUGUGUACAGAGCCGCACAACGUUGGCUUAUAUUUGUAUAUUUUUAUAAACACUAAAAUGCCUUUUCUCAGUAUAAACUUUGCACCCAACAGGCCUCAGAAAAUAUGUCACUCCAGAUACUUUCGACUUCACGGGAUUAGUAAAAGCACAUAUUUGUGAAGGUGGCUCUGACGACAUCGUGGUACUACUAACAUUUACUAAGCAAUAGACGUCUUACCCUCAUUUUGCACAGAGAAUAUUAAGAGUCAAGUCUCGUAAAGAUUUAAAUUUUCUUCAGUGUGAGUGUGUGCGUGUGUGUGUGUGUGUGUGUGUGGGUUAUUGUAUGCUCCAGUUGCACUCCCUUCUCUGGAUCUGAUCGCAGGGUACCGACUCACCGCUCAGCCUCUGAACCCUUAAAGACUACAGCUGGUGUGACUCUGUAUUUGACUUCCUGUUAACACAUCCCAUGAACAGACCAAAACCAAACAUGUGGUCGUCUCUGUGGCGCUCAGAACAUUUUUGUUUCCUACUGAAGGUGUAAAUCUGUAAAGCCCUCCUCUAAUAACUGUGAUGAGGCAAAUAUUUUUUCACAAAGAACUUAAUUUUGUGCUCAGAGUUUAAAAAGAAAAGUUAAAGUUGUUACUAAAACAGGAAGAUGACGAUAGUAGAAGCUGCAGGUCGUAUGUCGUCAGGUGCUCUGUCAUGCCACUUUGCAUCUGAGCGGUAAACUGACAAACAUCACUGUGAGCUAGACUAAUAUGGGGUUCAGACUACACCAUAUCACAGGUGAUUAUAGCACGACGCAGCAUCAUAUGUGUCGGCUCGGAUCAUGAAAGACAACGAGUGUCAUACGCGAUAAUCCAUCGUUUAAUCUUGUGUAGCGCGUCAUCGUAGACGACAACCGACACUACAUCUUCUACGUCUUAAUAUAAAGUUUAAUUAUAAGGAGUUUGCUGAAGCAGUCGGACUCUGUGGUUUUUAGGAAACUAAACUUAAAUAUGAGAAAACCAUAAGUUUGAUUGGGACUAUUUUCAGCUGCGGAUUAACACAUUUAAAGCUGUAGCGAGUAUUUACAGUAAAGCUGAAACAGAUGAUGAUUUAUUGAUUACUAAGAAUCUAAAGAUGUCACCUUUGACUUUAGGAAGUUGUGACAGGAUUUUUUUUUUUCCCUUCUCAGACAUUUUGUUUUGACCAAACAAUUAAUCUGAAAUUAAAAUAACGGAUAGUUGCAGUGCUGCGGUGUGGCUCAUUGAUGUGUGUCUAACAGGGCUCUGUGGCACAGAGGAGUGAGCGCUAUCAGGUGUUGAAUGCACAGGAAAUAUUUGAUAGUUUGAUCAAUACAUUGUUGGUUUUGGUCUCUGAGUUGACAAUAAUAAAUAUUAAAAUUUAACCAGCAUCACCAGCGUCUGAACCGUUAAAGGCGACCUGUUUUGCUCAGACUUGUAUUUUAAGUUUUUAUUUGAACAAAAACACUUUAUUUUCCUCAUACUGUCUCUGCUGAAGCGCCUGUAUUCACUCUGUCUCCGUUAUAGCGCCUGUGUCUUUAAGACCUCCUUCUGCUCUGAUUGGUCAGUGUUUGCUUCAUUUUAGGUCCCUUUAACAACACCUGAUGAUAAACAUUGUGUCUUCAGCUCUGUGGUUUCUGCCUUAAAGCCUCCUCAGAUGAUGAUACAGUAGAUGUGUUGCAGUCAUGCUCAGUGCUGACACUGAUCCUCUCCAACCUGGAACAUGCAGUGCUUUGAGUCAAAGUGGGUUUUGUACGCGCUCUGACCGGCUGCUAUGUUAUAUAGAUAUAACGUCCCUGUGACGCCGUGUCCACUCUGCAGCUGUGGGAGUGGGUGGAAACUUUGAGAAACCUCAAAGGAGAGUGUCCAGAGUUAUAAAUCUACCGUCACUGUUCCCACAGGAAGGGGUGGAGCCUGAGCUGUCGACGGGUUAGAACGGCGCUCUGUGGCCUUUUUUUAUUUUAUGUGACAGUCUUUCAGUAAACGUGUCAGGGACUUGGAGCUUGUGUGUGUCAGAGUGUGUGUGAGUGCAGAGAGUGUGUGUAAAUAAUAUCACAUGGUAUGUAUGUACAUACAGCGCCAAACGAUGAGUUCUGACUUGGCUCGGCUGUGUCUUGGCACAGUUUACUAAAACUCACCCACCCACACAGUUUCCAGCUCAGACAUGAAAUCUUUAGUACUUCCUGUACAGUCCUUUUCACACGGUGAGCAGACUUACACCACUACAUGUUUAUGUAACACCGCACACGGAGCAAGAACAAUAAAUUUGCUUAUGUCAAAA